AUGCGCCGGCAGAGUACUACUCCUCAGAGCGCACGUAGAAAACCAUCAACAUACAAUGAGAUGGAAAGCUCACCAGACCAAGUACGUAAAAAGGAAACAACAGAAGAACCUUCCGUUGCCCCAACAUUUGAAGCUGAAUUAGCUCAAAUCAAAGAAAAUGGCAAAGAUAUCAAAGGAAAAACAAAUCGUAACUUUUACAAUUCCAUUGUCGAAAGAAUUGAAAAUAACGUAAAAGUAUUAGCUGAAUUAAGAGCUGAACAUUCUUCUUUAAGAACGAGACUCAGCGAGCUUGUUGAGGCUAAGAGAAAGCAAGGAAGAACUUCAGACCUUUCAGGUGAUAUCCACAAGAUGCAAAAAUCCGUUAACAAUCUUCAGAGGCAAAUUGAUAACGUUAAGCAUGAUAAGGAAGCAGCAAUCAAUCGCCAAAAGGAAUUACAAGUCAUUUUGAGCAGUUUCGAGAACGGUGAAAAAUAUAACAACCCUGAUGCAAAUCAAAUCACAACACUUAAAAACAAACUCGAGAAGGCAAACAUAAAGAUAUCCGAAACAAAGCAUCUUAUGAAACUUUACGACAGAAUUAUCACUCAAUUCGAAGAGCAAAAGUUCAGCUGGAAUACAUUGAUCCAUGAUAAGCAAAAGGAAAUUGAUAAGCAGAAUCGCGACAUCUCCGAACUUAAUCUUAUUAAGGCAGAGUCACAAUACAGUAAGAAUGCUGCAGCAACAGAAUACAAGAGAACUUAUGAAGAAAUCGAAAGGAAUCGUACUCAACGUAAGAAUGAUAUCAAUCAAAAGAAGGAAGCUAUUAAAAAGGAAUCAUUGUAUCUUCAUGAAGGUCUUCAAUCAGAGGAUUCACGCAGAGUUCGUCAGCAUCAAACAAUUUCUUCAGAAAAAUCUUUGAUGAGAACAAAACAAAGCAAGGCAAACAAAGAGAAGAAAGAGGAAAAGAUCAGAUAUUGGCAGAACCAACUUGAUCGCAUCAAUGAGAAGUUCGGCACAACUGAUCCAGAUGAUAUCAAGAAGAUGAUGGAUGAUAGAGAGAGCAAACAAAAGAGUCUUAAGCAACAGAUAGAAGACUUGAACACAGAUAUCGAAAAUCUUAAGGAUAACCGUGAUAACUUACAGAUGCUUGUUGAGCAGAAGGAGUUCACACAAAGUCACGGCGUUGGCGGAAACAGAUUACUUGUUGAAGGUACAAAACUUCAUGACAAGAAAGUUAAAGAGCUUCAGGAAUUAAAGAGAACAAUUGAAGCUUUCCAAGAACAUCAAUCAGCAGUUAAUGCCGGCUGCUUACACCUUCUUGAUGUCAUGCAGUUAGUCAUUCCAACUGAAGAAAAUCCACCAACAGAUCCAGUUGAAGUUCUUAAAUACUGUACAAACCGUUACAAGAAAGUCAAGAAGAUUUUGGAUACAGGCAAGCCUGAAGAUGGCAAUCUUACGCCAUAUAUCAACAAACAAGUUCUUGCUGAAUCUAGACAGAAUCAAUCUAUUGACUUGGCAUAUGUCGAUAGCUCUCAGAGAAUUCCUAAGAAGAUUAUCGAAGGAUAUAAGAGAAACAAGGAAGUUAAGAAUGAAGAAACUUCAAGAGUUCUCACAAGACAGCAAGUUAAGAUGUUUGCUGCUAAGCAGGCUGCGGCUAACGGUCCAACAAUCAAAAAGCCAGUGUUUAAAUAA